AACAAAUAAACGUUAUUUGCUCAAUAUCUUAUCAAUUAUACUUUCCCAGUAAUACCGACUAACUGAUAAGGACAAGUGCGGAUCGGUAAAUACAGUUUUUCCACACCCAGACGAUCUUCUACCUAAAUCAAGCAUGUAUCUAAAACUCCUAGUGUUUGCAGUGUGUAGUGUACCAUCCACAAUAUGUCUGGAUGCGAUGUGUUCGAGUGACACUUUCGAAAACAAGUGCCUGUGCAAAAAAUUCACCAAUGAAGACACCAACCUGCCAUCGUCACUGGCCAAUUGCAAUGGUAUGGGCUAUGUGAAUUUUCCCGACUUUUCCCUCCUGCCCAGCGACUUGACGAUCCUAGAUCUGACAAUGAACCAAAUCCAAGCCUUGGAUUCAACCAGUAAAAGCUCAUUGAGAAAACUGAUCUUGGCCUACAAUGAUAUCACUGAAAUGAAAGCGGAUUUUUUCCGCAAUCUCACGGAACUGGUUUGGCUGGAUUUAAGCCGCAAUCAAUUGACCACUCUGGAUGCGGAUGUGUUUCUACCAUUAAAAAGUUUGGUUUAUUUGGAUUUGAGCUACAAUACUUUCCAGCAACUACCUGGUGGACUAUUGGCUCCUUUGUCCUUGCUGAAGUUCUUGGACCUCAGCUACAAUCCCUUAGGGGUGUUUCUUGGUCAAUCUGAGGAAGUUUUCAACCGGAAUUUAGGGGCGUCAGCCAAUAUUAGCCACUUGCACUUAAAUAGCGUCAAUCUCAGCGAUUUCCAUCCCAACUUUUUCGGGGUUUAUACUUUACUGAAGCACUUGGAGCUGCAGGAUAACAGUUUCAAUUACAUUCCGGCCCUGCCCAACUCCUUGGAGUAUUUGGACUUUUCCGGAAACAAUCUCAGCUUCGUGUCGCCAGCCUAUUUGACAUAUAGUUCCAUGAAGGUGUUGAGACUCAGUCGGAUGCCCAGCCUGGAAAACAUCCAUCAUUACGCCUUCUACAACUUGGUGGCUCUGGAAAAGCUCAUUAUUACAGACUGUCCCAAUGUGCGCAACUUCACCGAUUACGCUUUCGGAUUGGCAUCGAAAACCGUCAAUAUUCAUCCGAAGAAACUGAUUUUGGCCAGAAAUGGCCUCACUUCCUUGAACUCCACCUAUGCCCACCUGUUUAGGAACAUGGAGCACAUCGAACUCAGCCACAAUCCAUGGGAGUGCAAUUGCGACGUUUUCUGGCUGCAGGAGUUUAAUAAGAAGAUCUUCCGAAGUGGAGAGUUGAGAUGCUCCUCCCCAAGCCACUUGGCCAGGAAACGCAUUCUCAGCCUCACCCACCAGGACUUGCCGGAAUGUUUUCCAGAAAUCUACGGGAAAACCUCCCAUCGAGUGACCAUCAUCCUACUGAUGUCCACCGUGCUCUUUUUGAUGGGGCUGGUUUUCUACCUCAUCAGAUACCCCAAAACGUGGAUAAACCCCAAUCAGUUGGGCAUUGGACCUCAUUCGCCCUACAGCCAAGCACCCCAAGAAGCAUAGGCUUUGCGUAGUUAUAGUAAUUUGCAGCUAAGUGGGGGUUCUUUUGUUUGAAGGACAAUAAAAGUGUUUUUAAGUAAAA